UCAUCGCCGGAGGAUAAAUGAGAGUUACGGAUAACAAGGCAUACAUUAGAAGGGAUCACAGCAAAAAAGUCUUAAGUACAUUUGUUUGAUAGCCGAUUUCGAUAGACAAAAAAAAACAAAAACAUUAGGUAGAAAAUUAGUAAGAAACUUAAACAACAAGUCACAAAACUGCGACAUGGGGACUUAAUAUCCACAAAAAUCUUUAUUACUCGCAGUAAGUUUUCACUAGUCACUUCAUCCUCCAUCAUGUUAUUCAUGUUACAUCCUAAAGGAUACCAAGGUCCGCUUUUUGACAGCCUUACACAACCUUAGUAUUUAUAAAAUAAACUUUAAACGCAAAAAUUGCUCUCAUUGUUAAGCCCUUCAUAGCCGCGUCUGGGCGCCAAAAGUGAUGAUGAACCGCAACGAAAUGAUUAUUCGUAAUCAAUGGAAUACCAUAAAAGGCAUAAAAGAUACACAAAACAUUUUUCUUCAGCACUAAUCACAAUCGGCAUCACAAUGUUUAUUUUCUCUGCAGCGUAUUGUCGAAACAGUACAUGUACACUUGUACAGUAUAUUGAGUACAUUUUUUAAUGUAAUUAAUCGAAUGUGUAUUUUUAGCAAUAUGUUUUUAAAAUAUUACAUGCUUCCAAAUAAUACCUACCAAUUUCAUCAAUAGACUUGCAGAAAUCUUCCAAUCAAUUUGGUCGACUCGACUAAUAGAUCCCCACAUGCUUGUCUCAUGCAUGGAAGUCCCUCAAUUUGAGGCGUCGUGGGACUGCUAUCAAUCAAGGAUCCCGGAAGAUUAAUGACGUCACCCCGGAUCUCAAAGUCCCGGCCUGAGUCGAUAACAAACCGCGUAAUUAAUACCGCUAAUUAGGUUUGAGAAACAAUGUUGAUUAAAACUUUUAGACAUGAGCUUAUAGCAAUUUAUAGUAAACUAUUUAUUGCCUGCUGAUAAGGUUUCAUGAGUACCUACUGGAAUCUAAAACGGGACUUUAACGCAUAUUUAGGUACACUUACAUUUAUUAUUUCUCCUGAGGUGUUGAUCGUGACGUUACGAGUACGUUCUUGAUCACAGGCAAGCUUCUUCUCUUCUAGACAAUAUUUUGUAAAAGCAUUUAAGUAUUUAGUUUUAUCACAUAAGACAAAAAAAGGAGUAUUUUUAUAUGCGGAUAAAGUUUCAAGGCCUUUGAGUAUGUUCACAGAAAAGACGUGAACUUAAAACUGUAAAUACUCAACUACCUACGCGGUUUAUAAUAGUGUGGUAUCAUUAUUAGAAGCCUAGAUUCGAAACCGGGACCAUCUAACCAUAAUAGUAAUUAUGGUUUAGGCACAAAAUCACACUGCUAAAGGAGAAGUCCAAAUCAGAGAUGUAAAGCGUAUUUACAGGGCUUGCGGGGUUAAAACAAAGAAACCCAUCAAAACCAUGUUCAGGUGAAUACGCGAAACAAGUGAAAAGCUACGUUAACGGAGUAAAGUUUGCCUGGGUCGUAGUAUAGCGGAUCGGAGCCCUCAUGUGCACGGGCCGAUCACGGCCCAUGGAGCACAAUUCGUUUGAUCUCGCCGGCUGCUCGCUAAGCGCUAUUUAUGUCCCAGCCCAAGGACACAUGGCUGUGAUGACGCGAUUUACUCGGCAUAAGGCAUACGAAUGCAUUGAGACCCUUUCGGUAAUGACAAAGUUUGGAAUAUGACGUAGUUAGACGGAAAUAGACUUAUUUGGUAUUUGCACAGACACAAGUUUUAGGUAGAUAGAUUUUAUUUAAGCCUAAUAAAUUGUACUACAAUGUGCCAUGAGCAGCAUCUUGAGCAACAGAAAUAUUUCUCAAUAUGAUCAAUGUCAAACAUUGCCCCAGGUUAGCAGCCUACGUAAACCAAACAUAAAAUAUAAAUCGCAUUAAAAGUUAGUUUAUUUUCAUUGACAUGAAACGUUCAGUGGCUAAAAUACGGUUCAUCAAAGUUUUCACGGAACGAUGUGAAAACUUCGCUAAUGAAAUUUCUUUUUAAGUGAUCGUGAACUGUCUGUCAGUAUCUGACUGCUGCGACGACUGUAGCCAGGGCAUGUAUUCUAAAAUGAAAAUUUCAACCCAAUAUAUAAAAUUCAAAGACAAUAAAGCGCAUUGCAAUCGCACAUCUACAGCUGUGCUCUAGAGAUAGAUAGUUUUCAUUAUCAUGUUAAAAAUAACUCCGGCUACCUUGUUGAAAAGCGUCAUCGAUUCGUUGCAGUUUGUUGAGCUUUUAUGACAAUUUACGUCCACAAUGUCCGUCAUCGAAAAAAUCGCAUCUAGCAAUUCAAUAGCAAUGUUGUGCUUAAUGCCUUUAUAUAUAUUUUUAUAUUACAUAUCCGAACAAAAAAGGACAUUUACAUACACAUAAUACAUCAAAAAUAUAUUAUAAUCGGUACAUACGUAUCACUCUAUUAAUAUGAAUAUGAAUUAUAAAUCUUAAGUUAUCUUGUAGAGAUACAAACAAAAAGGAAUGUAACGACCUAGAACGCUCGGUCACGAAAACAAUUCAUUUGAUUGACGCAUUCCAUCUAAAAAUGAUUGAUCGACGGACUACAAUCUGUAUCAAAUUCAGAAGUUUAUUGAUUUUGAAUAAGUAAAUGACUUUUAACACAACCACUGCCAGCUGCUAGGCGGGUUUUUCUCUUCGUUGGCGAUUUUCGCUACAAACGGAUAAACUCGUGUUACGUGUGUGUAGCACUGACAGUAAAUCAGUAAAAGUUAAUAUAUAUUACAUAGAAUACAUUUUCAUACGCAUAUUGAUUUUUACUUUUUCAUGUGGGACGUACAACAUUACAAUCAAUAAAUUGUAUAUCAACAUAUAGACAUCUGUCUAUCACAUGAAAAGAAGAACCAUUAUCAACUCUGGCCAAGGUGGGAUACGAACUCAUUGUUAUGUUAAGCCGGCUCGAGAGAUGAGAUUCUUUGGAUGAGAUGCGUUACAUUAUAAUAUUUAGAUUAUAAACCUUUUUAUCAAAACUAUACAGAUAUCGCUAGUGACGUGUUGUGUCAUGAUUACAUUAAUGACACAUGGCCACCGUUUUGGUAGCGCGUUGGACCGGCAAUCCAAAUAUGUGGUUUCGAAUCUCACGUAAGCCAGGGUUAGUCAAAGUUAUUUUUUUAAGAACCUAAGAACGUCUGACAACAGUAUUCUCCGUGAGCUGUCCGGGUAUCUGGACAAUCCUAUACGUAAAUACUGGAUUGCCGUGCACCGUGAGAGGAACAGGAAGUGACGAUCCUGACUAUGAUUGCCUAACUUUUAUUAAUUUUAGGUAUUUUUUUGUACAUUUUACAUUGUUUACUAUUUUAUUUUUAUAUUUAAAUAUUGAACUUUGUAUUUUUACAUUGUACAUAAUGUUUUUGAAAUGGGUGUUCACCUGUAAAUAAAGAACUAUUAUUAUAUUAUUAUUAUGAUAGACAUCUGAUGACAUAAUGAAGAGUCUAUUGAGUCUGUAUAUUCGAUUAGGCUGUUAAAAGUUGUUUUACUUACCGAUAUUCAUAUAUCGCAACUGUAAGGUUAGAGUAAGUAUUCUUCCCAUACAGAAAGUUCCUUUUUCUUACCGAAAGUCUCUCAUGAGCACUCAAACAAUGAUCAUUGCAUAUAAAUAUAUCUAUCAACACUCAAAUUGUUUUCCAUUUAAGGAGUAAGAACGAUCCCCGAUAUUAGGUGCGCCCGAUCGAUAUACUCCAUCAAAAUGCAAUUGUUUCGUAAAUAACCAUAUAUUUUCUUUCUGUUGCAGUGUGGCUAGACGUAGCUGGAAGCGGAAAAAAUAUGCCAACGAAAUAUGUGCCAGAAUUCCGAAUACGCAAAUACAAUGCCUGCCAAGAAUGUAAUCUCGAAAUGGCUGCGAGCGAAACAAGGAAAACAUAAACACCUACCAUGGUCCUAGCUAGGAAGUAAUUAUUGGAAAAAUAUGAAUGCCAGCGAUCUGGAUAUACUAGUGGCAAGAGGCCAACUGGAGAUACUAAAAGGACCAGAGUAUGAUUUCGGUGCUACUACCUACAACCCUGUCCUCGACUUUAAUGCCACCUUCGAAAACUCCACUGGCUUGAACUCUACGAGCGGAGAUACAUGGGACGACUAUGUUAAGCUGCUCCAAGACCGAGCGCUACUCGUUAGCUUCUUGCUCCUAUUCUCCUUGACGACAGUGUUCGGCAACAUGCUAGUCAUUCUAGCUGUCGUGCGGGAACGGUAUCUACACACCUCCACUAACUAUUUUGUGACGUCCCUUGCAGUAGCGGAUUGCCUCGUCGGUUUAGUAGUAAUGCCAUUUUCGGCAAUGUACGAAGUGUUAGAGCAUACCUGGUUUUUUGGAGUGGAUUGGUGUGAUGUUUGGCGGUCAUUAGACGUUUUAUUUAGCACUGCUUCCAUACUUAACUUGUGCGUGAUCUCUCUUGACCGCUACUGGGCUAUUACCGACCCCAUAACAUAUCCAAUGAAAAUGAGCGGACGGAAAGCCGCUUUCCUGAUUGCGGCCGUAUGGGUAUGUUCCGGGACUAUAUCGUUUCCCGCUAUUGCGUGGUGGCGAGCCGUGCGAUUGGAGGAAGUGCCGGAUUAUAAGUGUCCGUUUACGGAAAACUUAGGAUACAUUAUAUUCUCAUCGACAAUAUCGUUUUAUUUGCCUCUGUUUGUGAUGGUGUUCACUUAUUAUCGCAUUUAUCGCGCGGCGACUAUUCAGACGCGAUCGUUGAAAAUCGGCACUAAGUCGAUAAUGCGCCCGAGUGGCGAGUUAGAGUUGACGUUAAGAAUCCACCGUGGUGGCACGGUACGUCAGCGCAGCGACGCUUGCCACGGCGUAUGUACGCCAGAGGAAGCGGACCAGGAGCCGCUCACGGCGCUGCAGAACAACGGCCUCUCUCGUUCUUCCACGCGCCUUACGAACGUCGCCACUCAUGGCAAACAUUUGCCAAAAAACUUCUCUUUGUCGCGUAAACUGGCCAAAUUCGCGAAAGAGAAGAAAGCAGCAAAAACUUUGGGAAUAGUGAUGGGAGUGUUUAUAGUGUGCUGGCUGCCAUUUUUCGUGGUGAACCUGCUAUCGGGGAUUUGCUCGGCGUGCAUCGCGCACGAGGAGGUGGUCAACAUGAUUGUCACGUGGCUAGGCUGGGUCAACUCUUCAAUGAACCCGGUCAUCUACGCCUGUUGGAGCAGAGAUUUUCGUAGGGCUUUCUUAAGGAUCUUAUGCGUGUGUUGCCCGCGCAAGCUACGACGGAAGUACCAGCCCCAGCUGCGCUCCAAACAGUCACAGUAUCCAGUGUCAACAAUGAUGUAUUCGUCGGUGUCGCAGCACGAGAUGUGUCGCUUGUGACGGCAGGCGCGCGCGGGCACUUGCCGGCCGCCGCGCGCGCGCUGCUCCUGAUGCCGGGACCCGUUGGAAGCGCGCCCGCGCUCCAACAGACGGCACUCGAGGCACUACCCCGACUCAUUUCGCAUGAGGACCUUGGAACAUUCCUUCGACAAUCCCAUACCGUGCGUGGAUCACCACGUGUGCCCGGACACUGUGCCCUACUGUCCGGACUCUGAGUCCAGUGAAGUGAGCCUAGAGAGUGAGAGUCGGCAUCAGUCGUUUAAACGAAACGUGACCAAGAAAGUCACCUACCAAACCAAAGCAGAAGUGAUCUCAAAUUAAAAAUAUUAUCGUGAUUUGAUUGAAUGUGAAUACUCUAACCCCCUUAUUCAUAAACGUGUACUAAAGUUACGAUGCCGCUAAUCAUCGUUUGUCCCUUUCCGACGUAUUGGUAUGAUGGAAAAGGACAAACGAUGAUUAGCGGCAUCGUAACUUUAGUAGACGUUUAUGAAUAAGGGGGUAAAUGUGCUUACACUUUAUUUAAAAAGGUGAUGGAUUAUCUAUUUAUUGUAAAUAAUAUAUCGUUUAAAAAAUACAGCAAGACCAGAUUUUAUAUUAUGAAAUUAGUUACUAUCUGCCACUUUUAAAUGACGCUAUAGUUUUAAAGAUAACUUAGUUGUCUAGUAAUAUAUGAAAAUAAAUUCUAUGGUUGUAUACCUUUCUAGUCAUUCUCAGAUCGAAUCUUUUGUUCUUAUCGUAAACCUCAACUUUACCUAAACAAUUUUAUUCAACCGACGAAGUAAAUUUUUAAACAGAAAAAAAAUCUAUACUGAUUCCGUUAAAUUCAACUAAACCUAAAUUGGUAUGGUAUUGUAGUGGUUCACAAUAAGAACAGACCGAUGAUAGUUCGGUAAUAUUAAUUUUCAAUCAGGAGCUGUGAUUUACUGAUUAGCUGUGUAUAUAACACUUCCUGUAUAUAUUGUACCUAAUAUUUUACUGUAUGCGUACCUGGACGACUUUUUGUAAUAUUAACUGAAAUCAAAGAUUCAGCUGGCUCCAUAAAGUACACCCUGUAUAAUGAAAAUCGGGAAGUAAUACGCUUUCAUAUAACUGUACCUACCUAAUGUAAAUAAUCAUAAAUAAAUACAUUCCAAAUACUUUUGUUAGCAAUACGUCAAUUAUUGGAUGUUUGUUAAUUUAAUUGUUGUUAACCUCAAAGGUUUAUACAUAUUUAUAUAAUGCAUAUAUUAUUAUUAAACAUAAUGGUGGUCUAAUUAAUAUGUUUUAAUAAAUAUGAAGUGUAAUUUAUGGUUAUUUAUGGAUCAUAUAUCAAGUGAUGCAACUCCUUACCUAGUAAUAAAAAUGAUGUAGGUAUGUUAAUUGUUUGUAAUAAGUGUAAAUCGAAAAAGUCAUAUAACUUACCCAAAUAGAAGCAUUAAUGUCCUAAAUUUCGAGUUCGUUAUAUUCUUUUGCUCAAAUUAUUUCAUAUUCGGAACACACAGAAAUGAAGCAAGGAUUAAGAGAGAGCCCAGCGCGGUCUAGACUGCGCGGAUUCCGAGCUGGCUUUGUUAUUCGCAUUGGCAUUUGAUCGCGAGCGAGCCUUCGCUUAAAGCAAUUUGUGAUUUUUGGGACUGCAUCACUAUCAAGAUGUCACAACUAGCUACAUGCAUGAUUUUUUUUGGAAAAUUCAAUUCUAUUUCCCAUGAGACUCAAAUGUUUCUAAAAAACCUGCUAACUAUUGUGCCCCAGAAUCUUUCGAAUUACGAAUAUAAAUGUGGCGAGUGCACAGCGAGUAAUAAUGUCCCAUAUUAAAAAUGCGCGCGGUGACAAUACAUGCCAACAAAAUUCGUUUUUUUUUUUCGCCUUGUAACUAGCUUAUAAAGAAGCUAACAAAAGUGUUUAAUACCGAAAACUACUGCUUCAACAUUGUGUGCCAUGCCAAACAUUGCUUGUCUUGAGUGAUUCUCUAUCAAAUAGUGGUAUAUGUCGUAUUCCUCUUAACAGUCACCCUUAUAGAUGCGAUUUAGUAGAGUACCGCUGUUUUUCAAGCCAGAUAAUGUUUGGCGCGGUGUUUCGUGUGAAGUAAGUUAAAAUUGUACGUUUUUAAAAAAAUUCUCAUAUUUGCAUUUAUAUCGUGUUGUUUAAUGUAUCUAUUGUAUAAACAUAAUAAAAUAUUCCCUUGCAUGUAGCCCAUUAUAUGGCUCGGUCCAGUCGAACACUCGCCUGUACUUAGUAACCGAUAGCGAUUAUGGGCCCUGUGCUCUACUGAGCACGGCACCGAAAUUCGCUUUGUCCACAGUCCCAGUGUGGACCAACAAAUUGUAUCAAAAUAUUCUAACACUAAAUGUUACUCUACUUUUACUAAAAGGAUUACAAAAAUAGAAAGCGAUUUUAUAUUUACCCGCAGUUGUCAUUUCUUAAGCGGUGCAGAAGAAAUAUACGUACUUAAAUAUUUUUUGUUGAAAUUAUUCACCGAAGAUUCUGCUUAGCCCAGACCGCUCUGCUACGAGUAUUUCAAUUGAAAGAUUGAUACAAUUCUCUGGGUAGCUUGAUAUACAUUCUUAUGGGGAUGAUGCAGAUAUAUUUGUAAUUAAGUUUCGAAUUAUUUUUGACAUUCGCAUGCACAAAAACGAAUGCUACAGCUGAUUCGGUCCUUCUUUACCUAGUUUGAAAACUACUGUUAGUUUGAACUUAGGAGUUGUAAAUUUCAUUGCGACAAAUAUUGUGAAUAUAGCUGGAAACUGAAAAUAAUAAUCAAUUUAUUUGAAAGAAUUGGAAGAGGCCCAGAAUCACUAAUCGCCACUAAUUCUGCAUUAGCGACAUCCCUGAAUCCUGAGUAUAAUAGACCAAACAAAUUAGAUCCAAAACAAGCGUUUUGUGAAAUUAAUUCCCAGCAAGCUAAAUGCUACACGCACCUCCUGGGAUUGUACAAACUCGGAUUACACGCGUUUACGACCAAAUGAAGGUACUAAAACGAUUUCCAGCUUACUGGGAAUUAAUUAUUCGAAAAAAUGUACUCUGAUUGAGAUUUGGUAAAUCAUACAUGAAAUAACAGAAUUAAGUGUCACUUCUUUUGAAAUUCCAUAAGAAUAUUUCUGAAUCGAGUUCUAGAAUUGUUCCACCAUCCUACUUGGCCUUUAUAAUGUGACAAUGUAUUUACGCCACUUUUUGCUAAGCAAAUACCUACUGAAGUAUCAUUUUAUAAAUGCAAGAUUCCCAAAACGAAUUCAUUGAAAUUCUAGUACCUAAACAUAAUUUAACAAUGUCUACUAAAGAACAUGUUUCCAGCUUUAACAAUUUAUAUUACGUAUUUACCUACUUUAUUAGCAACAAGAUAGUUAUUGUUACGUACUCAUUGUGCUACACGUAUAAAAGUAUCGUAAAUGUAUACCUACUUCUCGAUAAAUCAUUAUUAUGCGAGUGUGGUUAAAUUAUGUACAUUUCUAGAAAAAACGGGUUGUCGUAUAGAUUUAUAUAAAUUAUUUUUUUCAAA